AUGAAUCCAGAAGCUGUUAUAGAGACUAUGGCCUCGAAUCGAGGAGUCUACUUAGGUCCUCAAUUUCUAGGAUGUUACGUCGACGGGUUAUUAUUAGGCACUACUCUACACUUGUUCGUCAAUUGGUGUAGACAUUCUUUCUUCGAAGAAAGGAGGAUUAACAAGGUUUUAGUGUUUUAUUCAAUGUUUCUAUGUUUCUUUACUAGUAUCUUUAUACUAGUAUGGAAGAUGGAGAUGUUCGUCUACGAUUUUGGGGAUUAUCGCCUUCUUCUUUCUGAGAAAUUCCAAUCUUGGGUUCCGUUGCUUGAUGGACUGGCUCGUGUUCCCGUUUCGGCAUUCUUCGCCCAUCGAGCAUGGCGAAUCACCGGAUCGUGUAAAUACCUCGGAACCACACUAUUUGUUCUCAUUUUGACCACUUCUGUCGGGUCUAUUGUGUCCUUUGUAUUCGCUGUGGACGCUGCCAAGUUCCAAUCCGCAUCAGAAGUCGCCACCAACAUCAUCAUCACCAGUGUCAUUUCGUUGAAUUUAUGGCAUAAAAGAACAGGCUGGGAAACUAUGACACCACCGACUGUCAUUUCUUUGGUAUUCUUGAUUAUGCUCGCUAUCAACCCUACUUCUCCGAUCGAACCAUUCCUCAUUUUCGUGCCGAAAGUAUACUUCAUCUCCCUCUUGGUGGUAUUGAAUUCAAAGCGACACUUCAGGGCGGAGCUCGAAUCGAACAGUGCUAAUACCUGGGGUGGUGAGAAAGAUUCGGAUACUCAGAGAUUACACGAAACUCCAGGAUUGAGCGUGUUGCCAAGUAUCAAAAGUCCUUCUGUAAGGACGGAAAUACAUGUGGCAAUGGAGACUGAAACUAAGGUUCAUACAACGCCUUCUUGGGCUCAUCGUCCUUCUAUCAACCGUGAUCCUGAUCCUCUUGUCGUGACUGCUGAGAGAGUAUGGUCCAAUCCUCCUAGUCCAGGACGCGACAUCCCUCGUAAACCCGUCCCCAAAUUUCUGGCGGAUCAGACGGAAACCACAUCGACGGUUUCUCCUCGAGUACCAGAUUCCUUACAUGGACCUAAUGGUAAAUCUUCGUUGACGUACGAUCAAGUGGCUCCUUAUGGUUUUGCUGUCUAG